CUUAACAAGUAACAACCUCUAUUGUCUUCAGCUAAUGGCGAUUAUUGAAUGGCGGCGGCAGAGAAGACGGCCACUCGACGGCGGAGGAACUCGCCGCCGUCUUUUCUUCAGGCCAUUGUAUUCGAGAAAUUUCAAGAGAACAAUUCUAUUCGCUGUGGCUUUCUUAGCCAUCUUCCCUCCUCUCUACUUCCAUUUCAAGCUCAGACGAAUUCGUCAGAUUGUCGCGCAAAAGUGCGAUUGGCUUCACCAUCCUCCACUUGUCUGUGCUCACGGCGGCGAUUCAACUCUCGCUUUCCCCAACACUAUGGAUGCUUACAGUUUCGCUAUCCGUUCUCGAGUUGAUUGCAUCGAAGUAGAUGUUUCUCGUUCCUCCGAUGGUGUUUUAUUUGCUCUCCACAACAGGGAUCUGCAGCGUAUUGCUCGUAACUCUUCUGUUCAAGUUGGAGAUCUGAGUAUGAAACAGAUCAAGGAACUUGAUAUCUCGGAGAUUGUUAAAGGAACCUUGGGAAAUCGUAGGAUUCCUACUCUUGAAGAUGCUUUAGCGUUGAUAUCGAAUUCAGUCAGGAAAGUGAUUCUUGAUGCGAAAGUUGGACCGCCAAUGUAUGAAAAGGGCCUUGCACAAGACAUUCUUUCUGUUAUUGAGAGAGCGCAGUGCAAGAAUUGCAUCGUAUGGGCCAAAAGCGACACUUUGGCUAGAGACAUAAUCAGGCAAGCACCAGAUACUACAGUAGGAUACAUUGUGAUGGUGGAUCAUUCAACUGGGGUGAGAAGCAACCUGCUAAGAAUGAAGGGAGCUAGGGUUGUGGGAGUCUAUCAUCCCUUAAUCGAUGAAGAAUUAGUUAGACUUGUGCGUCGGAGAAACAAAGAUGUUUACGCAUGGACUGUGGAUGAUGCUGAUCCGAUGAAAAGGAUGCUUCACUUAGGUGUGGAUGCUGUUGUUACGAGCGAUCCAUCUAUGUUUCAGGGUCUCAUGGAAGAUCUAAGAACUGAGUGUCUUGAAGAAGGCUUUUCAAUACGGACAUGAAAAAGAAAUUUCUUGUUCGCGCAACAGAGGACUAAUAUUAGUUUCAUGUUAAGACACAAAAGUUAGUUUGAGAUCAACUUAGCUGUUUUGAUACAAUUCAUCAAACUCAAGCAUUCUUAAGGAUUAUAGUACCAGCUGGAAGUUUCUGAUAAAGAUCUUUCUUUAUGUUGUUUCAUUGAAAUACAAGUUUCUGACUA